AUGCGGCCGGGAGUGCUAGAAGAUGGGAAGGGAGUAGCGGUUAAAAGGCUAUCAAGGAAGUCAUGGCAAGGCUUAGAGGAAUUUAAAAAUGAGGUCAUACUCAUUGCACGACUUCAACAUAGAAACCUUGUGAAGCUCUUGGGAUGUGCCAUUGAGGGCCAGGAAAAGCUUCUUGUGUACGAAUUCAUGCUCAACAGAAGCCUUGAUUUCUUUAUAUUUGGUAAUUUAGUAAGGAAACGCAGUCAGCUUGACUGGAAGACAUACGGUAACAUUAUUGUUGGUAUUGCGAAAGGACUCCUUUAUCUUCACGAGGACUCUCGACUUAAAAUAAUUCACAGGGAUCUAAAGCCAAGUAAUGUAUUACUGGACCAUGAAAUGGUCGCCAAAAUAUCAGAUUUUGGCAUGGCAAGGAUCUUUGUUGAGAACCAGAACACUGCAAACACUAGGAGAGUCGUCGGAACAUACGGAUACAUGGCUCCUGAGUAUGCAAUGGAGGGACUAUUUUCUGUAAAAUCUGAUGUUUUCAGCUUUGGCGUCAUCUUGCUUGAGAUUAUUAGUGGCAAGAAAAAUAGCAGCUUCUACUUGACCGAGUAUGCCCAUACACUCCUUGCAUACGCAUGGACACUGUGGAACGAAGGAAAUCCUAUUUUGGAGUUAAUGGAUCCUUUGUUGAAGGAGUCGCACAGCGUGGACGAAUUUCUAAGAUAUUUGCAUAUUGGAUUAUUGUGUGUUCAAGAAGAUGCAAAUGAAAGGCCAACCAUGUUAUCUGUCGUUGUAAUGUUGAAAAGUGACAGUACUACAACGUCUCUUGGCCAACCUCAACGACCUGCAUUUUCUGUUGGAUAUCUGAAGGACACUCCUACACCAUGUAUAGAUUUUGGAAGCUCUGAUUUCCCGGAGCAAUGUCAAGGACACAAGUUGCCAUGA